AUGCCUCUCAAGAAGAAAACCAACAAGAGAAAGAUGAUCUGCGAUUCACGGAACCUGGUGCCGACAGUAACGCCGUCAGACAUGCUACCUGCUGCAGGACAGGUGUCAACGCUGGCUAUCGUAGCAGUGGCAGCGUGUGUCGCCAUCGCUGGCGGUACGACGUUCAAGGAUUGCGAGGGUGCCAGCAGUAAGCUAACAAUCGUCGUCUACGGUGUGAUAGCGGGCGUCAAGGUUCCAUUUCCGUUUCCGCAACCGGACGCGUGUCGGGGCUCGGGCGUGACGUGUCCGGUACAGCCCGGAAGUGAGUACACGUGGCAAUCCAGCAUGAGCGUUGACCCUUCAUAUCCGUCGAUGAAGCUUUUUGUCCAGAUAGAGCUGCAUGACAGUGACAACGAGAACGUGUUCUGCACCAUGAUCGCAGUGGUGAUUAAAGAAUGA